AUGUUACAAUCACCGUUCAAUUACAUUCCCAAAGAUAAAAGGAAAUUUCUUCCCAGUACCACUACCGCUACUAAAACAGCAAAGAGAAGUGCUGGUAGCAGCAAUAACCAAAUAGGUAUUUGUUCAUCCACACCCAAGUCAAGUAGCUACAGGAAAACUCUAUUACAUACACCUCCACCAAGCACUCACAAACGUUUUCAUCAACAAUCUAAGAAGCAAAAGACUUGUGACUCUAUAAACAACAACUCAGGACAAUUAAUGUCAUCACCAACACCAAAACGUAUAGAUGAUGCUACUGACGACACUUUUACAAUAACAAAAUCAAUUGGUUCUAUUCGUUCAACUCCAACCACUCCACCAAUGGAAUCCCGCAACCAUCGUCAACAAGUAAAUACGCCACCACCAACAUCAGCCAAAGCAAGACAUUAUGUCAACGAAACCUCAUCAAGGAUAAGCAAUCAUAAAUCUUCUCUUGAGACUAAAUUGAAACUAAUACAAUUGAAGAUGGAAAAUCUAGAAGAGUCGUCUACUAAAAGUGAUAUUACUGAGUUGUUGCAAUCUGCAAUUGAUGAAUUGAGCCAGAAUGAGCAAGAUUUGCAAUUACCAAUGCGCAAAUUUGAUGAAUUUUUAUCACCAGCAGAUCCAAUGACUCCUAUAGACCAAAUUAUGUAUAAGAAUGGUUUAGGAUUGGCUACACCACCACCACCACAACCAUCAAUUCAAUCAAUGGUGGAGGACAGACAAUAUUUACAAAUGGAUGAUCACUGGAUACCUUCGUUUGCUAUAUGA